UAACAUAUGACUGAGUAUGGCUAAGUUUAGUAUUACGCCGGCCAAAUGUGUUAUAUUUUUAAACUUUUAAGUUUCAAGUAGCAGAAUCAGUUUUGCUUCAGUAGCUCAGUACUACUGUUCGCUUUCUUUAACUUAAGUAACGUCUACAGAAAACAUUCAUCAUGGCUGAUAAGGAGAAAGUUAAGAAGAAGAAGGUAAAGAAGGAAGAAGCUAAAGAUGCUGCACCUGCAGAAGAAGCUCCUCCAGCACCUGCUCCCGAACCUGAAGCACCUCCAUCUCAUUCCAGCACGAAACAUAGUAGCCGUAAGAGUUCAUCAAAGAAAGUCCGUAGAUCCGGAAGUAACGUAUUCUCUAUGUUUUCCACUCAACAAGUGGCUGAAUUCAAAGAGGGAUUUGGUUUUAUGGACUGGGACAAAGAUGGCAUUUUAGGAAAAGAAGAUUUGAGAGCUACCUGGGAUAAAGUCGGAAAAUUGAUCACCGAUCCAGAGUUGGAAGAAAUGUUAGGAGAGGCUUCUGGUCCAGUUAACUUCACACAACUGUUGACUUUAUUUGCAGCUAGAAUGUCUGAUGGAGGUCAAACUGAUGACGAUGAAACCGUUAUUGCUGCUAUUAAAUCGUUUGAUGAAAAUGGCAAAAUUGACAGUGAUAAAUUAAGGUAUGGUCUGUUAAACUGGGGAGAUAAGUUUUCACCUAAAGAAGUUUCCGACGCAUUCGAUAACAUGGAAAUUGACAAAAAAGGUAUGAUUGACACUGAAGACCUUAUCUCUAUGGUGUUGGGAUCUGGUGAUGACGAUGAAUAAUUGUAUUUAUUUAAAAUUUAAAAAUCAGUUUUUGUAAUAAUUAUUCUCCCCAAAAUUCAAUCAAAUCGUAUCGAUUGUUGUUAUUAGAUACAAUGCAUAAUAUAAAGAAAGUUAAUAUCAAAAUAAAAGAGAAAACCUAAUGUAGUUA